AUGUCUAGAAGUGAAGGGAUAGAUCUCAGUCUAGCCUCAGGACUUGUGACAAUUUCAUUAGCUGUUAUCGCCCAAAUUCUAACCGUUGGAAAGUACUUCUCAUACAAUGCAACCUCUAACCUUUACCUCCAUCCGCUCUCUCACUUUCCUGGACCCGCUUCUUGGUCUGCAUCACGGUUGCCAUUUGCUGAGGCACUCAUUGCUGGGACUAUUGUCCACGACGUCGAAAAGAUUCACCGCAAAUAUGGACCCGUCGUCCGGAUAGCUCCAAAUGAAAUAUCGUUCGCCCAUAACCAAGCUUUGACAGAUAUAUUCACCGUUAGACCCGGCCAUUUGCCAUUUCCAAAAGAUCCUAUUUGGUGGGCAAGGCAGCCAGGUCAGCCGGAGUCAUUUAUUAGUGCUGGAUCAGAAGAUCACGCUCGUAUGCGCAAGCUCCUUCAUCAUGGAUUUACUCCUCGAGCGUUGAAAAUGCAGGAACCAAUUUUGCAGAAGUACGUGGGACUUUUAGUGGAACAAAUGAGUGAACGAUCAAAGGAGACGCCAGAUGGAGGUGUCAUAGACAUUGUUCCAUGGUUCAGCUACACCACAUUUGACAUAUUUGGAGACCUUGGCUUUGGGGAAUCAUUUGACUGUUUACAACAUUCUCGAUAUCAUCCAUGGAUCGCCUUACUUUUCAACAGCGUUAAAGCAGCUAGAUUCGUCAUCGCUGCCAGAUUCUAUCCCUGGGUAGAAAAGAUACUGAUGAUGCUUAUCCCAAAAUCACUAAAGAAGAUGCGAAACGAUCAUUUUCAACAAAUUAAAGACAAGGUGCAUAGACGCCUUGAUUGGGAGCUCGAGAGACCUGACCUCAUGUCUCACGUUAUCAAACAUAAUGGCACUGACAAUGAAUCAGACGGCAUAACACUGGAGGGGAUCCAAGUAACGUUUAUGAUACUUACUACUGCAGGAAGCGAAACAACAGCUACUGUUCUUAGUGAAACUACAAACUAUCUCAUGUCACACCCUGAGAUACUUGGAAAGCUCGUCAAGGAGAUACGAGAUGCCUUUGAAAGUGAAACACAAAUCAUAUUAGAAGCUUUGGAACAACUCGAAUACCUCAAUGCUGUCAUACAAGAGGGUUUAAGAUUAUGCCCACCAGUUCCUGUUAUGUUACCACGAAUAGUACCAGAAGGUGGAGAUACAGUAUGUGGCAUGUGGAUACCCGCAGGUACAAGCGUAUCCCUACAAUAUUGGUCACUUUUCCGUGAUCCAAGCUGCUUUCAUGAUGCCACUUCCUUCAUUCCCGAGCGAUGGCUUCCUGCAGCUACGCGUUCAGAUUCGCCAUAUGUUAACGAUCAAAGACAUGCUGUUCAAGCUUUUAGUGUAGGACCCCGGAUAUGUAUGGGGAGACUUCUGGCUUGGGCAGAAAUGCGCUUAGUCAUUGCGAGAUUGCUCUGGGCAUUUGAUUUGGAAGCAGCAGGGGAGGCCAUGCGCUAG